AUGGUUCUCGCACCCCCAACCGACCCGUCGCACCCGAACGACCACUCCCUCAUCAAGCACAAUAACGACCCUCUCCACCCCGCGUUCCUGAUCCCCGAGCUCUGCAGGGGUUUCUACAAGCUUGGGUGGGUGACGGGAACGGGCGGUGGGAUCUCGUUGCGCGAUGGCGAGAAGAUCUACCUCGCGCCGUCGGGCGUGCAGAAGGAGCGGAUUGAGCCGGAGGACAUCUUCGUCCUGAGCCGCAAGGAACGCGACUUCCUCCGCUGGCCGGUCCACAAGCCGCUCAAGCAGUCUGCCUGCACGCCGCUCUUCUACAACGCUUACGACUUGCGAAAUGCGGGUGCAUGCAUCCACACCCACUCUCAACACGCCGUCAUGGCCACCCUUCUCUGGCCCGGCUCCGAGUUCCGCAUCUCACACCAAGAGAUGAUCAAAGGCAUGCGCAUCGGCGGCACGGGCCCAGCGUUGAGUUAUCUCGACACGCUUGUCAUACCAAUCAUCGAGAAUACGCCGGAUGAGGAGGAUUUGAGGGAGGGGAUGGAGGAGGCUAUGCGCAAUCACCCCGACGCGCCUGCGAUCCUGGUCCGGCGGCACGGGACGUACAGCUGGGGUGCAGACUGGGAGAAGGCCAAGGGCCAAGCGGAGUGCCUCGACUACCUGCUCGAGGUCGCUGUGCGGAUGAAGCUGGCGGGGAUGGAGACUGUCGGGAUGGACCAGUGGACGAAGCAGUGA